GACUAGGCAGGGCGGAGGUGGGGACGGGCGGGCGACGAGAUUGCCCUUCGGAGGCGAGAGGAUUUGAUUCCGUUGGCGGCAGAUAAUGCCCACUGGAACACUGCUACCAUUGUUAGGCAGGCUGGGGGGUCGCGGCGGGCUGCGAGCAGGAGGAGCACGUAGGGUCCAACUUCUGCAGCCGGCAGAACGCCUCCCCGUGCGCCCGCUUCCCCGGCAGGCAGAAUGAAUAGAAAGUGCAGGGCGCUGGAGGCUCGCUUUAACGCCAGGUUUGCUGGGCCUCUGACAUUUCAGGAUGCCACUGGUAAAAAGGAACAUCGACCCCAGGCACUUGUGCCACACAGCUCUGCCCCGAGGUAUCAAGAAUGAACUGGAAUGUGUCACCAAUAUCUCCUUGGCAAAUAUAAUCAGACAACUGAGUAGCCUAAGUAAAUAUGCUGAAGAUAUCUUUGGUGAACUUUUCAAUGAAGCACACAGCUUCUCAUUCAGAGUCAACUCCUUGCAAGAGCGCGUAGAUCGCUUGUCCGUCAGUGUUACACAGCUCGAUCCAAAGGAAGAGGAAUUGUCCUUGCAGGACAUCACGAUGAGGAAAGCCUUCCGGAGCUCCACCAUUCAAGACCAGCAGCUGUUUGACCGUAAAACUCUGCCCAUUCCUCUGCAAGAAACCUAUGACAUUUGUGAGCAGCCUCCUCCACUUAACAUCCUCACUCCUUACAGGGAUGAUGGAAAGGAAGGUUUGAAGUUUUAUACCAAUCCUUCAUACUUUUUUGAUCUGUGGAAGGAGAAAAUGCUGCAAGACACUGAGGACAAAAGGAAAGAGAAGAGGAAGCAGAAGCAGAAAAAUCUGGAUCGCCCUCAUGAACCAGAAAAAGUGCCAAGGGCACCUCAUGACAGACGGAGAGAGUGGCAGAAGCUGGCCCAAGGUCCAGAGCUUGCAGAAGAUGAUGCUAACCUCUUGCAUAAGCACAUUGAAGUUGCUAAUGGCCCAGCUUCACAUUUUGAAUCAAGAUCCCAAGCGUAUGUGGACCAUAUGGAUGGGUCAUACUCGCUUUCUGCACUGCCCUACAGCCAGAUGUCUGAACUUCUGAACAGAGCUGAGGAGCGAGUGCUGGUCAGACCGCACGAACCGCCGCCACCGCCACCUCCCAUGCAUGGAGCAGGAGAGGUGAAACCUGUGCCUCCUUGUGUUAGCUCUACUACUGGAUUGGUAGAAAACCGUCCUCAGUCCCCAGCAACAGGCAGAACACCGGUGUUUGUGAGCCCCACUCCUCCACCACCACCACCACCUCCUCUUCCAUCUGCUUUGUCAACUUCAUCAUUGAGAGCUGCAAUGACUUCCACCCCUCCACCUCCAGUCCCACCUCCUCCACCCCCUCCCACAGCUGCUCUGCAGGCCCCUGCUGUGCCACCUCCACCAGCUCCUCUCCAGAUAGCUCCUGGAGUCCUACAUCCAGCUCCACCUCCAAUUGCUCCUCCCCUAGCACAGCCGUCUCCCCCUGUCACUAGAGCUGCCCAGGUCUGUGAAACUGUACCAGUUCACCCAGUUCCUCCACAAGCUGAAGUACAGGGACUUCCUCCACCACCUCCACCUCCUCCCCUGCCACCUCCUGGCAUCCGACCAUCCUCUCCUGUCACAGUUGCAGCCCUUUCCCACCCUCCUCCUGUUCUGCACCCUCCUCCCACAACCAUUGUCCCUGGCACUCACGCGCCCUUAAUGCCUCCAUCUCCGCCAUCCCAAGUGGUUGCUGCUCCUGAGCCCAAACGCCAUCCUUCAACUCUUCCUGUCAUCAGUGAUGCUAGAAGUGUCCUGCUGGAAGCCAUACGGAAAGGCAUCCAGCUGCGCAAGGUGGAGGAGCAGCGCGAGCAGGAGGCCAAGCACGAGCGCAUCGAGAACGAUGUUGCCACCAUCCUGUCGCGGCGCAUCGCAGUGGAGUACAGCGACUCGGAGGACGACUCCGAGUUUGACGAGGUGGAUUGGCUGGAGUGAAGCUGCGGCGCUGCUGGAGCCAAUGCAGAUUGGCUGGAGUGAAGCUGCAGCACUGCAGCAGCCAAUGUGAAUUGGCUGGAGUGAAGCUGCAGCGCUGCUGCAGCCAGCUGUAGUGCUGCUGCAGCCAGUGCAGAUUGGCUGGAGUGAAGCCACGGCACUGCUGCAGCUAAUGUGAAUUGGCUGGAGUGAAGCUGCAGCAUUGUGGUAGCUAAUGCAGAUUGGCUGGAGUGAAGCCACGGCACUGCUGUAGCCAAUGCAUAUUGGCUGGAGUGAAGCCAUGGUGCUGCUGCAGCCAAUGUGGAUUGGAUGGAGCGAAGCUGUGGCGCUGCUGCAGCCAGUGCUGAUGUCCCUUGUGGUGCUUGUUCUUUGGAAGUUCGCUGGUCAUCUCUAGUGGUUUCCUGUAGGUUCUUUUCUUUCCAUAAUGAAUCACUCCAUGGCUUAUUUUCUUUUUUUUUUUCCCCUAUCCUUUUCUUUUCCCUUUUUUGUCUCCUUUUUGGGUUUACAGAACACUCCUAGUGCAGCUUGGAAGCUUUAAUGUUUUACAGUGGCUUUUCUGACACAUCUCUUACGGAAGAACAAAUACUUUGUUCCACUAGACCACUAAGUAUUAAGCAUGGGCAGCUGUUGGUAGAGUAGCAGUUUCAAUUCUUUGGCAUAUCUUUAACUGUGCACUUUGUGAACCUUUUUAAGUUAUAAUGAAGGCAACCGAGAUGGACAUUCCCAGGGCAGCUGUAUGUACUAAUGAGCCUUAUUUCACUUCUGAGAGGGUUUUAAAACACUAAAACCUAGCGAUCAAGAUAUCACUGCCUCGAUGACAUCUGUACACUAGAAGUACAUAUAGAUAGCAGCACUGAACACACUGAAAGGAAAAUGGAUCUUUUUUUUUUUUUGGGGGGGUGGGGUGGGGUUUAUUAUUGUUUUAUUGUUGGUUUUAAAUAAUUAUGGCCUUAUUUGAAUGUUUAGAGAGUUCCUCGUCCCUCCUUCCCUCCCAGGUACAUAUUGUGUGGUUACUAUUUUUGCCUGCAUAAUAAAAGUUUAAUUUUUUUGGUUGUUUGUUGAUUUAUUUUUUUUUUUCCCUUUGUGAAAUCUUUUGACUCAAACAUGCUGUUGUAACUUAUGUAACUGUUAAAAUAACAGUUUGGUUUAAUAAAUGGUUCAUUUUAAAUGUU